AUGUACAUGAGGCGGAGCGUCUCCAGCGUGGAACUGAGGCGCGCCGCCUCUUCGGGCGGUCGCCACUCUAGUUCCUCCGAGGAUCGCGACAAGGCGCUUAACUUUGUUCGCAGCGCUAGCUGCAACUUUUUCGACAUCACCAACGCCGCGAGCACUUUUUUCCGAAGCCCAUACUCAAAAUCGGCUCUCAACAAUUUCUUCUACAAGUUGAAAACCCUUGAGAAGGAAUGGUACGAGUUCGGGAUAAGAUUUGCCGACAUCCAGCAGAAGAACGAGCAGCUGUGCAUUGAGUGCGACAGGGAGAAGGAGAAAUGUUCGAUGUACAGGAAGAAGCUGAUGGGUUUCAAUCAGCAUUCGCAGGGGAAUCUGGAGCGUCUGACGAAGCUCUAUGAGAACGUUAAGAAUCUAGGCAAGUCUGACCAAAUGGAGAAAGGAUCUCAGACGGAGACGUCGGCUGCUUACAAACCGGACUCGUUAAAGGCGGCAAAGGACACGCUGAAUGGAAUAAAAGAGCUGGUGCAGAGGCGCGAGAAUCGAUACACGAGCAACGCGAAGAAAUUAGAAUUCCUCAAUGAAACAAUCGUGGAUCUGAGAAGCCAAAACAUAUUGCUCACUGAGCUGUUGAAGAAAUCGAAGGAAUCUAAACAAGUUGAGAAGAAAGUCGAAAGCAAGAAUUUCAGUUGCAAUAAGCAUGAUGUUAAAAAGGUGUUGGAGAAAAAGCCUUUGGAUGCGCAGCAGCGGAAAACCGUUGAUUACAGACCGUUGAAUAAGGAGGUGAAGAGCAGACCGGGAAGCAAGGAGUUCAAAAAGAAGCGGCCAAACACUGCCAGGAAACCCAAAAGGGAGGAUCCGAACGAUCUGCUGAAGUACGUGGAGAAACCAGAUGACGAUAACUACGAGUUGGAGACGAUCCUGUCCAUCCGAUCGAUGCUGACGAACACUAUCAAAGGAAGCAGCAGGACAAGCCAUAUGUCAUCGAUUCCUGCGACGCCGGAGGAGCAGAGACGCAUCAACCAGAGAGGCGAUUGCCGAGAGGUGGAGGUGCUCAAGAAAAUUCAGCUGGAAAUCGAGCGGAAGCAGGCGGCAAUCAAGGAGAAGAUAGACAAGUUCAAUCGGCUGAUAAUUCAGGCGUAA